AUGAGGCAAAGAGCAGCAGCAGCAGCCUUGAUGAAGUGUUUGCUGAUGAGGAAACCGAUUAUUUUAUGCUUUGCUGAUCAAAGUGCAGACCUUGGCAAGUUGCUUCUAAGCAACGUGGCGCAACCGUUCAGCAGUGGAAAGAUUUACACUUACAUUGGGGAGGUGUGUGUGGCUGUGAAUCCGUACCGGGAUGUUCACCUCUAUGGACCCAACUAUGUCAAUGAGUACAAAGGCAGAGAGAUUUUCGAGAGGGCGCCGCACAUUUUCGCCAUUGCCGACGCGGCGCACAAGUCGAUGAAGCGGCGCGGGGAAGACACUUGCAUCGUCAUCAGUGGCGAGAGUGGCGCCGGGAAAACGGAGGCGUCCAAGAUCAUCAUGCGCUACAUCGCCGCCGUCACCAACGUGUCGGGCCAGGACGAGAUCGAGAGAGUGAAGAACGUUCUGCUGCAAUCGAAUGCCAUUCUCGAGAGCUUCGGAAAUGCCAAGACGAAUCGGAAUGACAACUCGUCCCGGUUUGGCAAAUACAUGGACAUCAAUUUCGAUUUCAAGGGUGAUCCGAUUGGCGGACACGUGUCCAAUUACCUGUUGGAGAAGUCCAGAGUCGUGUUUCAGCAAAAGGGCGAGCGGAAUUUCCACGCCUUCUACCAGUUGCUGAAUGGUGCACCUGACAGCGAGUUGCAAAAGUUGCACUUGAAGAAAGACCCUGAGGCGUAUUUCUACACAAAACAGGGAGGGACUCCGAGAGUGGACUCCAUUUCUGAUCGCGAAAAUUACAAGGCAGCCAUGUCUGCUUUCAGAACACUCAACUUUUCGCAACCCGAAAUGGCAGCUGUGUGGAGAACCGUGGCCGCCAUUUUGCACCUGACGUUGUCCAAAGUGGCCGAGUUGCUCGGCGUGAAAGCGGCUGACCUGGACAAGGCCCUGUGUCAUCGGGUCAUCGCAGCCGGCGGCGAGGUCAUGGAGAAGGGUCACACGGUUGCCAACGCCUUGUACGGAAGAGACGCGUUUGCAAAAGCAAUCUAUGAGAGACUCUUCACCUGGAUUGUGAAGAAGGUUAAUGAAGUGAUUGAGGUGCGAGAGGACAAGAGCACAAUGUCUGCACCCCGUAAGCUUGUCUUGAAGCAAGAGCAAGAGGAAUACAAACGUGAGGGGAUCCCUUGGACCAAGAUUGACUACUUUAAUAACCAGAUCAUCUGUGACUUGGUGGAACAAUCUCACAAGGGNCAAAAGUUGCACUUGAAGAAAGACCCUGAGGCGUAUUUCUACACGAAACAGGGAGGGACUCCGAGAGUGGACUCCAUUUCUGAUCGCGAAAAUUACAAGGCAGCCAUGUCUGCUUUCAGAACACUCAACUUUUCGCAACCCGAAAUGGCAGCUGUGUGGAGAACCGUGGCCGCCAUUUUGCACCUGGUGCGUUCACUGAUAAAAGAAGAGCUGAUUUUUUCUUGUUCUUGUUCUGGUUUGGAUUUCAGGGUUCUGUGGAGUUUGUGGGCGACGGAGAACACAGCAAAUAUGGAUGAUAAAUUGAAGGGACAUCAGCAUUACACCAGCAGGAGACUGACUCCCCAGGACAAGACUUUGGCUCAUGAUGAAGACUUUAAAAUAAUGCACUAUGCAGGGAAUGUGUCCUACAAGAUCGUUGGUUUCAUGGACAAGAAUAAGGAUUUGUUGUUCCAAGACUUUAAGCGGCUUUUGUACAACUCUAGUGACCACUUCUUGAGGGACAUGUGGCCAGAAGGGGCCCAGCAUAUUACUUCUACGACGAAACGGCCUCAGACAGCAGGGACCAUUUUCAAGAACUCCAUGAUCGCCCUGGUGAAGAACCUGGCCUCCAAGGAACCCUACUACGUGAGGUGCAUCAAGCCCAACGACAUGAAGUCGCCGGUUCUGUUUGACGAAGAAAGAGUCAAGCACCAGGUGUCGUAUCUGGGACUGUUGGAGAAUGUCAGGGUUCGAAGAGCCGGGUUCGCGCACAGGCAAACCUAUGACCGCUUCUUGAAGAGGUAUAAAAUGCUGUCCAACUACACCUGGCCCAACUACAGAGGCCACACGGAAAAGCAUUGGACCAAGGUGCUGAUUGAUGAGUUGGGCUUCUCCCAGGAUGUGCAGUAUGGGUCCAGCAAGAUCUUCAUCAGGUCUGCAAAGACCCUGUUUGAGCUGGAGAAUGCCAGGGCCAGGCUGAUUCCCAACAUCGUGGUGCUCAUCCAGAAGAUGUGGCGAGGCACCAUUUGCAGGAUGCGCUACAAGCGGAUCAAGGCGGCCCGCAGGAUCCUGCUGGCCUACCGCAAAUACCGGAUGCGCAAGUACGUGACCCAGGUGCUGACGGCGUUCCAGGGCGUCCGCCAGAUGCCGGACUUUGGGCGGCGGGUCCGCUGGCCAGUGCCGCCCAAGGUGCUGCGGACGGGCAUGGGCUACUUGCAGGCAGUGCACCGGCGCUGGUGGGCCUUCAUGGUGCUCAGGAGGGUGCCCAGGGACACCUGGCCCCAGCUGAGGACCAAGAUUGUCGCUUCUGAGGCAUUGCAAAGGAAGAGACGGGAAUGGGGGCUGAACAAUGCGUGGGAAGGCAAUUACUUGGCCUUGUCUGCGCACUGUGACAAUGCUGCGGGUUUCCAGACCACCAUUUCCUCUCUGAGAUCCAAGGACAAAUUUGAAAAGGUAACCGCACUGUCUGUGAGCUCCGGCAAAGACCAAGUGAUUGCCAUUCACCUGUCAUCCGGAAAUGACCUAGUAUUUGCGCUGAUGUCCAAGAAUCCAGAGGUGGACAGAGUGGGAGAAUUAGUCGGAGUCCUGUGCCAACGAUUUCAGAACAAAAUCUCUUUGCAACAAUUACUAGGAUAG